AUGUUCUUAUCUGUAUCCUUCAUUCUUCCUUUCCUUAUUAUUUCAUCAUCUCUCUUUCGCCCAGCGCCUUACCAUUCUCAUCGUCCUUUGUUAGCUUCUCUUCUCUGUUUCUCUCUCUUAUUUUUUCCUCGACUAUCUUUCCCCUAUAUCACUUUGUUUUAUAACUUCCUCACAACAUCGCCGCCAUUACCGCUGUCAUCGUCGUCUUCUUUCCUCCCUCCUGUAGCCGCCUCCACCAUCAAUUCAAUUCUUCCAUUUCUUUUAAGCUUUCAUCUUCUUCCUUUCUUUCUCUUUCUCUUCCAUUUUCUUCCCCUAAUUUUUCUUCUCAUUUCCGUUCUUUUAAUUCUUUGUCUUGUUUCUUGUUUUGCUUCUUUCCCGUUUCUCUUCAUUUUAUUUUCUUCUUUCUUUCCUCUUUUUUAUCCUUAUUUAUAUUUCUUCUUUUCUUUUUCCUCCUAUUCUUCUUACUAUUAUUAUUUCCCUUUUCUCAUUUACUUUUCUGUUUCUUCUCUCUUCUUUCUCCCAUUCCACUUUCGUUUUUCCCUUUCUUCUUCUUCUUCUACGACUAAUACUACUAAUACUAUUACUACUACUUUUACUAUCAAUACUUUCUCAUUCGUAUUUUUUUCAUUCUAUCGCUUGAUUUGA